AUGUUAGCACCGGUGUUUCCCACCUCCUCUGUAUAUGGUUUCUUUGACCAUCGCGACCGCUUGUCGAAGGCUGGGUUCGUCGGAGACCUUCAUCACACGCCGGUGGAGAACUGGCCCCGGCAAGGCUUGACGGCGAUACUGGGGCAAAAGGAUCCCCGGCUCGCCGAGCAAGGCAUCAUGCUGGAAACGUACAUCGCAGGGCCCGAGCUGGACGCCAACUUCGUCCUCCUGAAUGGGACUGUGCUGUUCCUCGAGGUGACAGAUAUUUUCCCGUGCUCCGGGGACGAUACUUCGGCGACGCUGGAGGCCCGGCCAGAGUCUGCAGGCGCUGGGUUUCCGGUCAGGCGUGUUCCACGUAGAGACGCGCAUGCGCAAUUCCACCAUGCGGUAUGA